GAUUCAUACACUCUCAGAUCCUGCCUGAGUCAUUACGGCUGAAACCUCUAAACUGCAGAAAUGGCUGCUGCUUUAGCUUCCAGAGUCACCCGAGGACGUUCAUUGAUUGGAAGUCUUAGCAAUGCUUUCUCUGGUUUGAUGAAUUCCUCCAUUGGAAUGAUGGAUGGAAACAUCCUCUCUCAGCAACAGCAAAGGACUUUCAUUCAAAUGGGGACGAUUCUCAAAGCCGUGGAUAACUCUGGUGCAAAAGAGGUGAUGUGCAUUCAAUCCCUUAAAGGUAAGAAAGGAGCAAGACUUGGCGAUAUCAUUAUUGGUUCCGUGAAAGAGGCCAUACCAAAAGGUAAAGUGAAGAAAGGGAAGGUCGUGUAUGGUGUCGUUGUGCGUGCUGCAAUGCAGAAAGGGCGCGUUGAUGGGAGCCAAGUCAGGUUUGAUGACAAUGCGGUUGUAAUUGUGGGCUUUAAGGAAAAGAAGAAUCCCGAUGGUUCCAAGAAUAAAGUGGAGUAUAACCAACCCACUGGUACCCGAGUGUUUGGUCCUGUCCCACACGAGAUGCGGCUCAGACAACAGCUCAAGAUCCUUACUUUGGCUCAGCACAUCGUUUGAAAGCUUACACCAUACUAAAAACAUCAGAUUAUGAUCUCUUCAUGUGACCCUUAUCCAUUCAUUACUUAGGUUUCUGCUUGAUUACUGAAACUCUUUAGCUUCUUUAUUUUUAAGACUUCACAGGCCUUAUCCAAUCAAUUAUGAUUACUUA